UGGAUUCUCUGAUAUAAUUUCUAUAUAAUAGAAAAAUAGAAAAAGAUGCCGAGAUUAGAAGUAAAAUGACUUUUAAAAAAUGUGACCUGGAUCACAUAGCUAGUGAGUGUGUGGAUAUACCAGGUUUCUUGAAUCUAAGUCUCAGUAGUUUGAACAAACAAUAAAAUAAAAUCAAAUAAACAUAUUCAUAAAAGCAGGUUGAAAAGUAGGAAAGGAGGUAUGCAGGGACCCCCAAAUUCCCUAAACCCAUUGGGGUAGGGAAGGGCUGAUUAGUAGUUCUAAGUGUAAAAAAGCAGAGGUUCAUGAUUGACCACGAACUGAACCUGAGUCAGCAGUGGCAAGCCAUUCUGAAGCAAGCUAGUCAUUCUGCCAAGGGAAGGGGAGGGUGACAGAAGCAAAAGCUUAAGUAGAAUUCUUUCCCAAGACCAGCAUUAGUCAGACAUAUCUCACAGGAUGGUGCCCGGUGCUGAUUUCUGAACUUCAAACAUCAUGGAGAGAAAUUGUAAAGUCGGUUCAGAAAAGAGCGGUCAAGAUGACUAAAAGGAUGGAAGAGAUAAGCUUGCUGAUAAAGGACAAAAAUGUGGCGACUUUUAGCCUGCAAAAGAGAACGCUGAGAAAUAACUCCAUUAUUCUUCCGAGAUUUUUCCACCCAGGUCAAUUCUACAUCCCUGAAUUCCCCCACUGGCAGAGGGUCCAUGGCUGCCCCCUCCCUGCACCCGUCCAUUGGCCCUGGCCUUGGCUCGUCCCUCGGAUCAUCCAGCCAGCUGCACUCCCCCAUCAGCACCCUGAGCUCCCCCAUUAAUGGCAUGGGCCCUCCCUUCUCUGUCAUCAGCUCCCCCAUGGGGCCUCACUCAAUGUCUGUUCCCACAACCCCUACCCUUGGGUUUGGGACCGGCAGUCCCCAGCUCAACUCUCCAAUGAACCCUGUCAGCAGCACAGAAGAUAUUAAGCCACCUCUUGGGCUCAAUGGGGUUCUUAAAGUGCCCGCCCAUCCCUCAGGAACCAUGGCCUCCUUCACCAAGCACAUAUGUGCCAUCUGUGGGGACCGCUCCUCAGGUAAACAUUAUGGUGUGUACAGUUGUGAAGGCUGCAAAGGCUUCUUCAAGAGGACGGUCCGCAAGGACCUCACCUACACCUGCCGAGAUAAUAAGGACUGCCUGAUUGACAAACGCCAGCGGAACCGUUGCCAAUAUUGCCGCUACCAGAAGUGUCUUGCCAUGGGCAUGAAGCGAGAAGCUGUGCAAGAAGAGAGGCAGAGGGGCAAAGACCGGAAUGAGAACGAGGUGGAAUCAACCAGUAGUGCUAAUGAGGACAUGCCAGUGGAAAAGAUCUUGGAAGCUGAACUUGCUGUGGAGCCAAAGACAGAGACGUACAUUGAGGCAAACAUGGGACUGAAUCCCAAUUCACCCAACGACCCCGUUACCAACAUUUGCCAAGCAGCAGACAAACAGCUCUUCACCUUGGUGGAAUGGGCCAAGAGAAUCCCCCACUUCUCAGAGCUACCCCUGGAUGACCAGGUCAUUCUAUUGCGAGCAGGCUGGAAUGAGCUGCUCAUCGCCUCGUUCUCUCACCGCUCGAUAGCAGUGAAAGAUGGGAUCCUUCUUGCCACCGGCCUCCACGUCCAUAGGAACAGCGCUCACAGUGCAGGGGUGGGCGCCAUCUUUGACAGAGUCCUGACAGAACUUGUAUCGAAAAUGCGAGACAUGCAGAUGGACAAGACAGAGCUGGGCUGCCUGAGAGCCAUUGUCCUCUUCAACCCUGACUCUAAAGGACUUUCCAACCCUGCGGAAGUAGAAGCCCUACGAGAGAAAGUUUACGCUUCCCUCGAGGCCUACUGCAAACACAAGUAUCCUGACCAGCCUGGAAGGUUCGCCAAGCUCUUGCUCCGUCUCCCAGCUCUCCGGUCCAUUGGCCUGAAAUGCUUGGAGCACCUCUUCUUCUUCAAGCUAAUAGGAGAUACCCCCAUUGACACCUUCCUGAUGGAGAUGUUGGAGGCACCCCACCAAAUGACAUAGACCAAAACUUACCCCAUUGGGUCAGCCCUUUUCUGUCCAGUGGGGGCAGCCCCCACCUCAAGUCCCCUCUCUGCUGAUGCCAGAAAGAUCUUCUGUUCUGUUCUUCUCCACCUGGAGGACAUCCCAGUAUCUUCGCCUUGAUCCCCAUCUUUGUGCCGCCUUUUGCCCUUUGGGGCUGGUUUGCUCACUGCUCCACCUAAGGAAUUUAUUGUUAUUACUUCUUUCUGAUUACUUUUCUUGGGGAAAAAAAGGCAGUGGAAUCAGGACAACAAAAGGGGGGAAAAUGGUGUAAAAUCCAACCAAACCCUAACCUUCCCAUCUUCCUCUUGCUUGGUUCAUUUAUGUCCCUUGUUGCCGGCCACCCUUAUUUUCUUGUGGGGACAUGGGAGGAUUCUCUGGAAAUGGAGGUGGAGGACAAAGGAGAGGAGGAACUAAAUCCAUGGGGCUUCUCUGGUCACAGGGGCUUUGGGGAGUAUCUAAUGGGAAGAGAGAGGGAUUGUCUUACUCUUGCUGUUUGUUUUUUCAAAUCACCUGUUCCUUGGGGUUUUUUUUUUUUUUUUUUGUACUUUUUGUUUUUAAUUAUCCAUUAUUGCCUUCUUCAAAAAGAGGAUAUCUCUCAGUAUUGGUGACCUUGACAGUGUCGGUACCCAGCUAACUCAUGACUUGCACAGAGCAUUGUCAUCCUUGCAAAAGAGUGGGGAGAGAGAAAAAGGGAGUUGGGGGCCAGGCUUUCAUAGUAAGAGGCUCCUGCUGGCAGCUCCCCUUUGCCCGUCCCGGGGAAGACUAGAGGAGGUGAUUUUGGUGACUGCCACUUGACCCCACAAUUAUCCUUCACUCAGUGAGAGGGUACGUGCACCAUUUUUCCAAAGAUAACAAGCUAUUAUCUCAGCACCAGAGCCAAUCAAAACAUGAGCCAACUUCAAUGUACAGAAUUUUUUUUUUUUUUGGUUUGGAGGGAAGAGUGUUUCUUUAAGGCUACAGUGACUCAGAUAUCCUUUCCCUCACCCCCUUUUCUUCUCUUAGCCUCCUAAUUUCUCCUACUCAUCCUGGGUUCUAAGCCCUGGACACCCACAUAUGUAUUCACACUUGACGAAGGUCAAUCUUAACCCCUGGGUUUUAGCUUUUUUUCUUGCUUCCUAAAUUUCUUUUUUUUAAUCACUGAGUGGCAGAGACUAGUCACUAGAAUGUUUUGUGGACUUGAACUUCCUCUGUUUGGCUGUCUUACUUAUGGUCAUCAGUUAGCCCUUCAAGUAGCUUCUUGGAAGAAAACUGGCCAUUCCAGAUGUAUUAUAGGCAGCUGUGAGCUCUGCAACCCCGACACAAACAUACAUUCACACAUUCUAGUGAAUUGUUUUAUGUACCAUUAAUGCAAGUCAACUAAAAAGAUUUUCUAUUUGGGCAACUAGGUGGUUUUAAUUGAGGUGUGUCAGUGAGCCAUCUGUUUCUCGAGUCAUUUCCAUCUCUAAGACUUCCUCACUCAAUUUUCUGUGAUUCAGAGAACAUUGAGAUUUGAAGCAAAAAAUGUGUUAAAUCUUAUAUAAGUCUUAUUCCUCAAUUAGGGCAACAAAUUAUCACCCAAGAAAAGUUAACAAUAUUUAGAAUAUUUAUAAUAUUUAGAAUAGAAUAUUUCCUGUCAACAAGUGCUUCCUUGGAAGGAAAUGAUGAGAAAAGAACUAGAGAAAAACUAGGCUGGGGAUUCUGAUUGAGGUAGGAGAAGGAAACGAUCAUUCUUUCAGAAUGUAUUUUUCCUAACAAAAGAGAGUUUCUUCAAGACUUAGUUAAUUUUAAGUUUGAGAUAAUAGAUUAUAAUUUUUUAAUGUUUCCUACACUUUCCCCUAGUUUCUAUUUUCAGCCCAUAAUUGCCCCUAGAAGCUUUAUCCUGUUUGAAGUGAUACAGUUUCAGUUAUUGCCUGAGGAAGACCUCACACUGCUGCUCUUUGCUCCUCAGGUGUAUCAAUUCUGAAUAUAAGAAGAGACUACAGUUUAGUUAAGUCCAGACUGGAGGGAAAGGUUGACUUCUUUGUCCUUCAAUCACAAUCUUCUCCAAAGGGUAUCCUAGCUGGUUCUGAAUGACUGAUUGAAAAUUGGUUAUGACCGUAACAUGAACUUUGUCCUUGGAAUCAGAACACCAGCAAGUGAUCCAGACUUGGCCUUUUGUGACAAUGUGAUCAUAAAUUCUUUCCCCUCUUGGAAGUUUGAAUUCCUCAUCUUUGAAAUGAGAGGGUUGGGCUAGAUGAAUUUCAAGACUCUUUCUAAUAUAGAAACUGUAUUUGGCUGUAAGUUUGGGACCUCUUUCAAUUCUGUUAGGUAGAAAGUACUGGUACACUUGUGCUCAUAGGAGUGUGAAGAAUUGGAUCUACAAUCAGCAUAUCUUGCCAUCUUAAAUAAAACUUAUCAGGCAAAGCUCAAGAACUAGUAGUCAUCAGCCUUAUGGAAGAUAACCCCACAUUUUUUUGGGUAAUCCUUCUUUCCUUCCCACUUAUUUUUAGUACCUUUCUCCUGUGGGAGAAAAUGAUGUUGCUCUUAUCAGCAAGAAGAAAAAAACUGGAAUGUCUGGAAGUCAUCUCCAGCUUUCCUAAGGCCUUUGUAAUUUGCCCUAAUUCACACAGAUCCUGCCUUGCUGGUCCUAGGGAUGAAAAGUCUGGGAUAAAUGUAGACUCAGACUCAUUUGGGAAGAGCUGUGGAUAUAAUUUGUUGCUGAGAACUUGCCCUCAUAGUGGUAAGGAAUAUUUAGUGCCUUGAGUGGGCAUCCAAGCAUAGCAUAGGAUCUUCUGUUUUUUUCCUUCAUGUUCUAAAGCAAGAAGUUCCCCCCCAUCUUCCCCAGGAAGUCUGAUUAUGGCACUGUAGCCUUAAAUAUACCACUUCAUUUGCAUGAAUCCAUAAUAGGACUCAUUAAUUUGUAUUUCCUUAAACUCUGGCUUUUUUUUUCCUCUUAUCAUUAUUAUUGUUAUUAUAAAUAUACUGCUUGUUUGGAGAGGUGAUAUUUGGGUAAAUGGCACAUUAUUCAAUAGAGAGUUAGGACUUUUAUUUAACCAGACAUUUAGUAUUCUCACAAAAAUCUGGUUCAAUUAAGGUGAUUUUUUUGGUAAUUAUUAUUAUUAUUUUUUGGUGGGACAAUCUUUAAUUUUCUAAAGAUAGCACUAACAUCAGCUUGUUAACCAUCCUUUGCCCCCAAAUCCCUGUUCUGUCCCUUUUCUUCUGGCUUGGGGGGAAAAAUAAGGCUAAAAUGCAGCUUUGAGCAGUUAACAGCUGGUAAAUACCCCCAGUAGCCUUGGCUGUCCAGUCCUGUAGCCUCCUCUUCUUUCUCCCCCUCUGGCUCCUAAUGGGAUCUCCUCAUUAUCAGCAAAGCCAGGAGAAUGGCCAUGGCCUGGAGCAACACCUGGACUGUUUGUGCUUCUGAUAGAGACUGCAGUUAACUCAGGAGAGGGCCUUAAUCAUUUGCGCACUUUGACCUCUGGGCAGUGUCUCUGUAAUCUUAUCACGCUGAUGGAGUUCUGAGGAAAUGCCACUUGCAGAAACCACCGGGGGCUUUCUUGGGACCUCCUGGCAGCAGAAAGGCCAGAAUUCCUUAUUUGCCUCCGCCGUGCUGGUUGACAACUUCCCCCCCAAGUGAGACUUUUCCUUGGAAGCUGGCUCACCUAGUGGGUGCUAGGCCACUAGUCCAGUUGAGUGGGCCUGCAAGGGCCUGCCCAGAGAUGGAGAAGAUUUCCUCUGAACACUUGGCUCACACACGCUGUUACCCAAGACAAGCCAUUUUGGUGGAGUCUCUGGGGUUGACCUCUGGCAUAUUAGUUUCUCCCAUGGGGUUGGGGGAGCCCUGCCCUGGUGUUUUCCACCCCAAACUUGGGUUUGCAGCUAAUAGGGAAGCUCUUGAAACCAUCUUCUCCAUGGCCUCCAAAAAUGCCCGGGCAGAAUUUGCAAAGCAGUGGAUAAUCAGCUGAUGUUGUCCCCAUCACUGAAUGAAUAAGGUGCAUGAUCUAUUUUAAGUUGAUACAUAUGUGUGUGUGCGUGUAUACAUGUAUGUACUGUAGAUAUAUACACUGUAUAUAUAACCCCACUCACAUAUACAUAUAUUAUGCCUGUAGCAAUUACAAAUGUUUUGUGUUUAUUUUUAAUCAAUUUCUUUUUUUUUCUGUUUUCCUGUAAAUUUGCUUCAUGUAAGCAAGUACAUAAGGACCCCUCCUUUGGUGAAAUCCGGGUUCGAAUGACUAUCUCAAGAUGAGGAGAUGCAUCUAUUUUAAGAUGCUGUUGGGUAACAGCUUUAGCAGUCCCCACUCUUUGGCAAUGCCUUAGCUAUGACAACGUAGCUAAAUGUCUAGAAAGAAUGAUGAGUAAACAAAGAGAUAAGAAAAAUGUCUAAAGCAUCACUAGGUUAAAAAAAAUCUAUUUUUGUACAAAUGUAAUUUUAUCCCUCGUGUAUACUUGGAUAAUGUGUUUGGGGAGGGGGGAGGGAGUUGUUUUGUUUCGCUUCUAGAGAUUAUUGUAUACACUUUCUUGGUAAACGUUCCGACUUGGAGAUGGAGAAUGGAAAAGAGGGAGGGAAAUCUUCCAAAAGUGUUUAAAGGCUUUAUAUGCAAUCUCUUAAAAAUAUUUUUAUUUUA